CUUUCCUCUGUCUCUUGCAGAUGCCAGUAUGGACAGAAUAGUCUAUGAUGCUCACCCCCAGCCACCACUUCCGAGACAUUGAGCGCAAGCCGCAGUACCUCCAGCCAGACAGGUGCGUGCCACCUCCCCGCCUCAGUGCCGUGGGAACCAUGUGGUUUAUCCGCGACGGCUGCGGCAUCGCCUGUGCCAUCGUCACCUGGUUUCUGGUCCUCUACGCCGAGUUUGUGGUUCUCUUUGUCAUGCUGAUCCCAUCCCAUGACUACGCCUACAGCAUCAUCAAUGGAAUCGUGUUCAACCUGCUGGCCUUCUUGGCCCUGGCCUCCCACUGCCGGGCCAUGCUGACGGACCCCGGGGCGGUGCCCAAAGGAAACGCCACGAAGGAAUUUAUCGAGAGUUUACAGCUGAAGCCUGGGCAGGUGGUGUACAAGUGCCCCAAAUGCUGCAGCAUCAAGCCCGACCGAGCCCACCACUGCAGUGUUUGUAAGCGGUGCAUUCGGAAGAUGGACCACCACUGCCCUUGGGUUAAUAACUGCGUUGGUGAGAACAACCAGAAGUACUUUGUCCUGUUUACAAUGUACAUAGCUCUCAUUUCCUUCCACGCCCUCGUCAUGGUGGGAUUCCACUUCCUGUAUUGCUUUGAAGAAGACUGGACAAAAUGCAGCUCCUUCUCGCCGCCCACCACGGUGAUCCUACUCAUCCUGCUGUGCUUCGAGGGGCUGCUCUUCCUCAUCUUCACGUCCGUCAUGUUCGGGACCCAGGUGCACUCCAUCUGCACAGAUGAGACGAGCAUCGAGCGCCUCCAGCGGAAGCACCAGCCGCGGCAGCAGACCAUCGACUGUGCCAAGUUCAGGGAGGCCUGCGGGGGCGACUUCUCCCUGAACUGGUGCAACCCCUUCUCGGGACCGUGGGAGCAGAGGCCCGUCAACCAAGGCGAGUGGGUGCGGCAGGCGUCCUCGCGGUCAGACAGCAGCACAGAGACAACGGAGGAGCCGUCAGAGGACAGGAAGGAAGAGGACUCCGUGGAGGUGACCGACGAGUGACACUGCCACAGGGAGCAGGACGGACCCCGGGAGGUGCCGUUACCCUGUGGGCCAGCAGGGGCCACCCACGGCACUGCCGUCCUUGCCACAGCUCCUCCCUCCCUCUCCAUGUUCGGUCGGGGCUGGCAGAGAGACUCUGAGUUGUGUGAAGAGCCCACCCUCUGUGGCCGGCGUCUGCAGCAGGCCCAACCUGGCACAGGGCAGCUCACCUGCUGCAGGGUGGGUUGGGCACAGAGGAGAUUUUGCUUUGAGCUGUUCUUGGGCGGCCUCUUUCCUCGGGCUCCUGGUUCCUGAGAAGUGUUAAGAAUAUGAUGGGUGGGCAGGGCAGGGAAACAGCAGCUGCCAGGGCUGCAGGCCACCCAGCUGGUCCGGAAGGGGCUUCCCCUGCUGCCCGCCAAAUGAAGGAGAGAGGCAGGGCCAGUCGGCUGGCUUUAAGAGAGGACCCCAACCCAGGGCUAGAGGCCAGGAGACAAGACCAAGUCAGGAACCAGCCUGAGUUGCCUGGACCUGGCUCCCACAGCUCUGUGCCAGUGGUACCAGAAUCUUCACCGAGUCUGUCACCCUGCCUGUCCCUUGACCUGCGGGGUGGGGGCAAGGACUGAUCAGAGCUACUGGGACUCUGAUAUCCCAUGAGAAAUGAAAUUUCACUUUCCUCCUGGUGAGUCUUACAGUCUUCCUGAUAACCAGGCAGAAGCCCCGCCUGUGUUUUAGACCAGUUCUGCCCAAGACCUGCACACUGAUCAGACAGACAGACACUGAGCAACCACACGCACGCGCGCACACACACACACACACACACACACGGUCCACUUAAAGCCUGAGGUGUUUCUUACCUGAGGUAGGGUAGUUGGGCCCUGGAAGCCUAACUCUGGCAGCUGCAGCGUCCACACCAAAUCCAAUAGGAGGGUCCCCGCCCCAGCUUGGCGUAAGAAUGGAGCCCCUGGGGGGUCGGGCGGUAGCGCAGCAGGUUAAGCGCACGUGGUGCAAAGCGCAAGGACCAGCGUAAGGAUCCCGGUUCGAGCCCCCGGCUCCCCACCUGCAGGGGAGUCGCUUCACAGGCGGUGAAGCAGGUCUGCAGGUGUCUGUCUUUCUCUCCCCCUCUCUGCCUUCCCCUCCUCUCUCCAUUUCUCUCUGUCCUAUCCAACAACGAAGGACAUUAACAACAACAACAAUAAUAACCACAACAAGGCUACAACAAGGGCAACAGAAGGGGGAGAAAAACAGCCUCCAGGAGCAGUGGAUUCAUGGUGCAGGCACCAAGCCCCACCGAUAACCCUGGAGGCAAAAAAAAAAAAAAUGGAACCCCCACCCCCUGCCUGCUUCCUGGCCUUGUUCUUCUCUGGUGGAGUGAGGCACCGAGGCACAGCCGGCCCAGGCAAGGUCCCAGUUCUGGGCAGAAGAGUGAGGGUCCUGGCCCACGGGCACCUAGAGCCCCAGCACAGUGGGGAAAGGUCAGCGUUCGGAGCUGCCACCCAGGACACUUGGGAAGGGCAGAUUCUGUCAGACCCUCCACUGCAGCUGGGGCAAGUGGGGUUGACAAAGCCGCCAGCCCUGCCCCUGCUUGGGGCUUCUCCAGGUCCUGGGGAGGAGGACUCUGUCCCGUGCGAAGGCCUCGACAGACAGGCUCUGGGGGAUUUCUCUGUCCACAUGAGCUCUAUUUAUUUUGGCUGGUUGGUUGGUUUGUUGGUUGGUUCUGCCACCAGGAUUAUUGCUGGGACUUGGUGAAUGAAUCCACCACUCCCAGUGGCCAUUUGUCCUUUUAUUUACUUUUUAUAGGACAGAUAGAAAUUGAGAGGGGGAGUCGGGCGGUAGCGCAGCGGGUUAAGCGCACGAGGUGCCAAGCGCAGGGACCGGCGUAAGGAUCCCGGUUCGAGCCCCCGGCUCCCCACCUGCAGGGGACUCGCUUCACAGGCGGUGAAGCAGGUCUGCAGGUGUCUGUCUUUCUCUCCUCCCCUCUGCCUUCCCCUCCUCUCUCUCCAUUUCUCUCUGUCCUAUCCAACAAUGAACGACAUCAACAAUAAUAACCACAAGACUACAACAACAAGGGCAACAAAAGGGGGAAAAUGACCUCCAGGAGCAGUGGCUUCAUGGUGCAGGCACCGAGCCCCAGCAAUAACCCUGGAGGCGAAAAGAAAAGAAAAGAAAAGAAAAGAAAAGAAAAGAAAAGAAAUAGGAGAAGGGGAGAAAGAGAUGCCUGCAGCCCUGCCUCACCACUCGUGAAGCCUCCCCGCUGCGGGCCCUCAGGCACAGUGAUGGCCGCAGCUCAGCUUUACUAUAAACCCAGCCACCAGCUCAGUUUUAAUAUCUGUGAGCCACAAUGUUGAGAGCCUAUGUCCUCUCUGAAACCCUCUGCCACCUCCCGGCCAGGGAGCGAAUGCACACCGUGCAGAGACAGGGUUCCUCUCUGACCACGCUGACCCAGAGGGCAGUCCUGGAGUGCUCAGGGCGGGUCUGAUACCCCAGCAGGGAGCGACUUGGUGUCACCCACGGGAGUCGGCCAGGGGGCAGCGGUUAGAAUAAGAAAGCCUACGCAUAGGUCACCGAGAAGAGCAGCCUCCACAGCCGUCAGGGCUGCUCAGACCACGUGCCCCUGAGAACCCACCUGGUGCAGCCAGGAACGGCUUGUCUCCAUUCAGCUGUUUCCACGUUGGCUGAGCCCAGCUCAGGCUCUCGGCACCGAGACCCCAGUCUCAGGAGCUGGACUGGGCCCCGCUAGGCUCAUGUGGGGAGUGAGCCCACCCUGCGCCCCAGGUCUUCCCCCGCCCAGGGCUGCAGCAUCCUUCCAAGACUCUGCUUAGCCUCGAACCAGCAGCGCCUCAGUGAUGGUAACACUGGAAGGGGCUGGCACACUGCUCGAAUAAAUGCUCUUUGUUUGG